AUGAGCAAUACCCACGAUAUCCCCUUCAUCGUGACGGUCAGCAAGGAGCCCAACAAUUUUACUUUUAUCACACGAGACAAGUCAGAAGUUCACCUGAGCCUGGCUGAGUUCACCUCCACCGUGGUAGUUUCAUCCCUGCCCUUCAACAUUGGCUAUCUACGCUACAAGAUUGCAGUUCACACCGGUCUGGCCGUUAACCUCCCUGGCAUGUCAGAUUCAUUCCAGCCGUUCACCAGUGACUAUCCGUACUCGCCACAGUUGAGUACGGACCCGGCCGAGUUCACCUGUGACCUCAGUAUUCCGGAAUUGCGCAAGAUUCUCCCCCUGAGUACCCUUUCGACGAGAUCGCCCUCUUCACUAAUCCGAGAGACGGUGAGCUCCGGUGCGAACGUUGCCACGGCCUCCGAUCCCUAUCUUAUCACCGAAAUCAUUGGAGAGAUCCAGUUGCUUAUCCAGCUGUCGGCAUCUGCUCACGGACGCGAACCCAAUGUGUGGAGAUAA